AUGACAAAAAGGGGCAUCGAACCGAAUCCAGCCAAGGUCAAGGCGAUAUUGGACAUGCAACCUCCCGCUACAAUCCGGGAGGUACAGCAGCUGACCGGGAGACUAGCCGCACUCAGCCGUUUCCUCUCUAAACUCGCUGAGCGGGCGUUGCCCUUCUUCAAAACGUUGAGGAAGAUAAGCGCCUUCAAGUGGGAUCAGGAAUGCCAGGACGCGUUCGAGCAACUGAAGGAGUAUCUCAUGUCCCCGGUUGUGCUAUCGAAACCAGAGCCCGGUGAAGACCUGGACGUCUACUUGGGGGCGUCUGACCGAGCGGUCAACGCGGUCCUUUGCCGAACUGACGAGAACAACAUCCAGAGACCAGUGUAUUACGUCAGCCACGCCCUGAACGGGGCGGAAACGAGGUACUCCAGGUUGGAAAAGGUCGUGUUUGCCCUGUACAUGGCUGCCAAAAAGCUCACCCCGUACUUUCAAGGCCGAACAGUCCGAGUACUCACUGACCAACCCAUCGGGUCUGUCCUCCGGAGCUCCAGCUCAUCCGGCCGACUAGUCAAGUGGGCCUUAAUGCUAACGCAGUUCGCCCUAGAAUACAAACCCCGACCGGCGAUCAAAGGCCAGGCGCUAGCAGACUUCGUAGUGGAAUGUACGGCCAGGGAAGCUAGCACGAUGAUACAGCCGGGCCCGGACGACACGUGGUGGGAACUGGCAACCGACGGCUCAAGCAACAAAAGAGGAGCGGGCGGAGGUGUAGUCAUCACUAGCCCAGAGGGAUUCAAGUUGUACCACGCCCUGAUCUUUUCUUUCUCCUCCACCAACAACGAGGCCGAAUACGAAGCGUUCAUCGCCGGCCUCCGAUAUGUCAAGAAGCUCGGGGCACAGUACGUCCGGGCUAGAAUGGACUCCGCUUUGGUGGUCGGGCAAGUUCUAGGAAACUUCGAAGCAAACGGAGACCGGCUGGUGCAGUAUAGGAACCAGGAGUUGGCGAUCCUUGCGGAGUUCGAAGGCCACACGGUCGAGCACGUCCCCCGGGCGGAUAAUGUGGACGCGAACGUCCUAUCCAAACUCGCUCAAGAAGCCCCCGAGCACAUUUCCAGAAUAGCCCGAAUUGAAGAAAUGACCCAUGCCGCCAUUGACGCCCUGGAAGUCGCCCCGGUAGCCCCGACGGAAGAAGAUUGGAUCGCAGACCUGAUGCGAUACUUAACCGACAACCGACUCCCCGACGACACAGAAAGAGCCAGAAAGGUUAAGCUGAGAGCGCCCCGUUUCCAGGUGGUGGACGGCCGCCUUUACCGGCGAUCAUACGGCGGCCCGCUGAUGAGGUGCCUCAACGGAUUCGAGGCCGAUCUAGUAAUGACCGAGCUCCACUCGGGGAUUUGCUUGGCGCACCAGGGCGGCAAGGCUUUGGCAAGAAGGAUUAUGCUCAUAGGGUACUACUGGCCAUCAAUACAACUCGACUGCAAGAGGGUGGCCCGGGAGUGCGAGGCGUGCUGA